AUCACCUCCCGGCAGAUUUGCUCUCGUGCAAUGUAUUUCACUGGCCUACCGAACGAAACACUUUUCUUGAUCGCGUCAUAUCUACCGUGUCAACAGGAUGUCUAUGCACUGGUACGAAUAAACCGCCGCCUCUAUCAUACGCUACACGAUUAUCUCUAUGAAUACAACAGUCGCUACUACCAUGGGUCUGCACUAGCGUUUGUCGCUAAACAAGGAAAUAUAGGACUCAUGGAAAAACUUCUAAAGGGACUUCAAACCGCCCGAACUAGGUUGCGAACUCCACCAAGACCAUGCUGGAGAAGCGAAGCACCUGCUGAGGAGCGAUGGGAAGAGGAUUCAGAUGAGGUUGAGUGGGACUCGGAUGAUGAAGAUAUGAAACCAUUAACCCGCGACAUCUCAGCUCAUCCAUUAAAGAUUGCCAGGUACAGUGUGGCAGAUAUUGUGCAGAUCCAGAAGGCUUUACUUGCUGCUAUUGAAAUAAAUAAUCCGGAGAUCGUAACCCUUCUAUUUGAGUGGGGUGCUCAGGCAAACUUCUAUCGUGGGAAUCUGCGUGAUGAUAGUCCCGGACGGAUCCGACGUCAACACAGUCGCGCGAAAGACCCUCCACCACUUUUUCUAGCAGUCAGGUGUGGGCAUGCGGAUCUAGUCAAAUAUUUGCUUGAAAAAGGGGCUGAUCCAGACCGCUAUCGCCCCUCUCCCUUGUACCGCGCGGUUGAGGAUGGUCGAUACAAUAUUAUCGCAAUGCUACUGAAUUAUGGGGCCCCGCUAUCUUACGCAGGUGUUCUAAAGCUAGCGGUACAGCGCCGCGACAGAACCAUGCUUAACUUUUUAUUCAAUAAUGGGGUAGAAGCCGCGAUGUAUGGACAUCGGGCAUUACAUGUGGCUAUUCGAAGACAUGAUCAAGAGAUGGUUGAAUUCUUACGACAGAAAGGCGCAAAUCUGGAGCAGCAUCUUGAGGAAUCUGAGGAAUCCCAGGAUAAAUGGAAUCGAGAAGACGGCGAUGGUAUGGAUGGGAACAUCACCCGUCACUCAUUCCCUACCUGUCUAGGAGAAGAGGAAGUAUCCGAAGAAAGUGGAGAAGAAUAUGGAUCUGAUACAUAGCAUAGUCUCCAUGUUGCACUAUUCAACUGGAUAUUACUAUUGAGCUCGUGGAUCGGUUGCUGCUGGUACGAGGACCCAAUCGUCGCCUGGUAUCAAGCUCAUGUUUCAAGGGCGAACACUCCUCGUUCAGCGCAGAGUUCGCUCUAAUGGAACUAUUGAAAGUUUGACUGUGAAUGUACAGGCCCCACAUACGUGCAUAAGUCUUUAUUUCUGAUGCUCUGGUGGCCGUGACACAAUGUAGUAUCGAUUACGGAUUUAUUUCCCACGCUACUCUAGCUUAUAUGCCAAGAACGCCUUGUUAUAGGACGCACUAGCCUAGUAACCCAUAGCAAUUUCCUCGACACAUAGUAUCCUGCCAAGGUAAAACCUUGCGGCCUCGUUAGACAGUUGCAUAGAAAAUAGUAACAAUCGACACAGUCCAGUCUAUGCCAGGCUAGGUUAACUUUAGAAGGCAUACAUUCGGUCAGGCCUCCAGCUAGUCAGUCCACACUAAUCGCAGUCAAAGAAGCAGAACGGGCAUAUACUAGGCUUUACACAGCUGAGCUAGAGGUUGACCCUGACCCCAACCCCAUAUAGGCGUGCCACCAGUUUGACCAGUGGCGUCCUACGCAUCGGCUGCU